AUGUAACAACUAUUUGACUGCCCUAUAUGCUUAUAAACUUUAUUACAUCCUUUGACACUUAUAUGUGGUCAUACAUUCUGUAAACCUUGUUUAAGAAACAAAAACUUUUAUCAAAAUUUCAAUACAUGUCCUGUUUGCAGAUCACAUAUUUAAAUUUACUUAAAUUAGUUCAAAGUGAAUGUUAUGUUAGAAACAAUCAUCUAAUAAGAAUAUCAAAAUGAAUGUGAGUAUUAACUUAGAUUAAAGAACUAUCAACAUAGAAUGGAUAAAAAAAAAUAGAUGAGACAUUCUUACAUACUCCUUAUACAAUAAUAUUUAAAAUGGAUUUAUCAAAAUUUGUCGAAGAUGUUUCCAUUAAUUGUGAUUGGUAUGUAUUAUAUAUUAUAAUUAAAGUAAUUGCCAUUCUAAUGUAUUUGAGGUUUAAGAAGCUUCGAUAAAGAUUUACUAUGAGAGUGAGAUUAUAGCAUUUGAGUCAAGAAAUCACUAGACUAUUGUCAUAAUUUUCAUCUCGUAAUGGAGAUAAUUAUAAAGACACAGAUAUAUAAAACUUAGUGUUUACAAAAAUAGUAAAGCAUUUAUUUACAAAUUAUGUGAGAUUUUGA